AUGGUGAACGCCGCCCCAGAGACGAAUGAGGGCAACGAGGCCAACGAGGUCAACGAGGAGGUGGCGGCGGCGGCUGCGGAGGAAGUGCCAUCCGGCCCAAGCGGCUCAAGCGAGAGUCGCCUUCCGCUUCAGCUUAGCCGGCUCCCGGCCGACAAGCUUCUGAAAGUCCAUCAGGCGCUCAUGGAGCUUCAGGAGGCAGGCUUGAGUGAAGUGCCUGACCUCUCAGCUCUGUCGAGGGUGGUCAAGAAGAAGACGGACGCUGGCAAUAACGCGCGCCUGCCGUUUGAGGACCAUACGUCCGAGUACAUGGGAAUGACCCUGUGGGCAUGGACUCCCAAGCGCUGGUUUGAGAACAUCAACGGGACGGGCAAGGCAGCAGGAGCGAAGUCCGAGGCAACUGAAGAGCAAGCCGAAGACAGCCUCCCACCAGAAUCAGCAGACCUCCAGACCAAGUUCGACAAGCGCAUCGCCUCCUGCGAGAAGUGGAACGAAAACCAGGUGCUUGAGAAACAUAGAAUCGACAUCGCCGCCUUCCGCAACUGGUUUGAAGCAAUGAAGAAGGCGACUGAUGAGGUGCGGUCUCUUGUGCACAUGGAGCCCAACAAGACGCAGGCCGGCGACGGCGUGGAGGUGCUGUUUGAAAAGACGGCGUCGGUUGGCGGCCCGCGCGUCCUUCCGAAGGUGAAGGUGGGCGGCAUGAAAGAAGAUACGGGUCCGGCUUUCGGGGCCUCGGGCGGCCCGAGCGCGAAGGUGCCAGCGUCGGUCGUUUCUGUGCAUCUCGGUUCAGAAGGAUGUGACGUGGGUCAUCUGGCCUGGCAGAAGUACUUGUCGGAGCACCAGCUGGAUGGAUCUUGCCGUCCGAAGGACAAGAGCUUCUACGGCUGCAGUGCGCCGCUCUUCGCCGAGAGCACAACUGGAAGGUUCAUCCCCAGGGCGAUUUUGGCUGGAUAUGAUGGUGGACGGAUGGACACCAUCAGCCAGGCGGGCAUCUUCGCGCCGACUUCCUUCCUCACAGGGAGCAAGCCCGGCGGAACUUGGUUAGAUGGGCAGAAUGAUUCAUCUUUCUGCGACGAGGCGCUUGAUGCCGUGGUUUUACGGAACUUCGAGCGCCCGGUGCAAAUGUAG